AUGGGCUCCUCUAGCAGCAACGCCUGCCUGAAGUCUCCUCCACAUACCACAAAGAAAGGCAAGCGUGAAGAGUCAUUGAAGCUGAAGAAAGGACUGUCCCUGGAGCUCUCUAACCUGCGCGAUGAACUCAUCUCCUCGUCCCAGUGCUGUGAGCGGCUGCAGAAGGAGAAGGAGGAGGUGCGGGUGUCUCUGGAGGAGGCAGUGCGGAGAGUCCAGAGGGAUCACCAGGCUGAGCUGAGCGGCCUGGAGGAGAGGCUCAAGGCCUUCUACCAGGCAGAGUGGGACAAGGUGCACCAGGCCUAUCAGGAGGAGGCGGACAAAUGCCGCGCCCUCAUGGAGCAACAGCUGGAGGAGAUGAGGAGCAGACAGGAGACUCUGAGGAGAAACUCUGAGGCCAGCCACGCUCAGCAGAUGGACACGCUCAGACUGACCUACGACACCGCCGUCCAAGAGCUCAGGAAAACCCUGGAACAGGACUUGGAGAACCUGGACAAAACACGAAAGGAAACGGAGGCCACUCUCACUGAGAAAAUCCAGGACCUCACGUUGGAGAACGAGGCGCUGAGCGAGAAGCUGCGAGCGGAGGAGGAGAGGAGGAGGAUUCUGGCAGAGAAGAACCAGAAGGACUCCCAUGUGUUGUAUCUGGGACAGGAGCUGGACAGUCUUAAGGUGGUUCUGGAGAUCAAGACCAAGCAGCUUCACCAACAAGACAAGAAGCUCAUGCAGAUGGACAAGCUGAUGGAGAGCAACGUGAAGCUGGAGGAGCGUCUGAACAAAGUCCAGCAGGAGAACGAAGACUACAGGGCCCGCAUGGACAAACACACCGCACUCUCCAAGCAGUUGUCCAGUGAGCAGGCCAUGCUGCAGCAGACCCUGCAGAAGGAGUCCAAGGUCAACAAGCGUCUCUCCAUGGAGAAUGAGGAGCUGCUGUGGAAGCUGCACAAUGGAGACCUGGCCAGCCCCCGCCGCCUCUCGCCCUCCUCGCCCUUCCACUCGCCCGGCAACUCGGCCUCCUUCCCCACCGCCGCAGCCCCACUCUCGCCCACCAGAUAACCCAAACUGGACACCAAGGGGAGAGAGAGAAAGAGAGAGUGUGUGUGUGGGGGGAGAGAAAGUGUAUGUGUGUGUUUGUGUGGAUAUCCCCUCCAACACACCCUAAAGACAACCCCCCCUCUACAGUCCCUUACCUCCUACCCCCCAGAUCACCAACCCCAGCCUCUCAAGGAGACAAAGCUAUUCCAAAUACGGAUGGACUACUUCAUAUGAUGACGCUGCAGUUUUGGCUUCUGCCCACAAUGACUUGUACAGAUGUUUUCUUUGCUCCCAGAAAGAGAAGACAAUGUUGCACAGAUGCACUUACUUAAAGCGUAGGACAAUUCUGCCUUUUUUUCUGCCUGAUUUCUCUCACUUUUUUCCCCUCAGCAGAGAGAAAGAACAGGCAACUUAAACCUCAGGGUUUGUACAUAGCUUCUCAGCUCGUUUUGAUUCUCCUUUUAUUUGUGCAUCGUGUUCCCCGCUCCCCUAAUAAAGUUUGUGCUAAAAACCUUGGAUGUAGUUUUGAAAAUGGUAUAGGCCAGAGACGGAAGUGGAAGUGAGACAUCGCAUUCCCUUUUUUCUGGUUCAUAUACAGUCAAUGAAAAAAAAUAUCUGGUAAACGGCCAGAGUGGGGCAUCUUCAUUUUUCCGCCAUCUUUGGUAUAGAGCGUUUUUGAGGACUUUUAGGGUGACUUAUUGAAGAGCAGAGCUUUAUCCAACGAGCACUUGCUUUUGACCCCUUGUAUAAACAGUCCAUAUCUGGGCGCGGAUAUUCAGAGUUAAAGUGAACUUUAAUCCCAACCCUUCAUCUCUCUACCUUAAUAAAACUGUGGAAUGUA